AAAAAAAUGAGUAUUUUGAAUUAACACUAAAUUGUAUUUCCACACCUUUUAACAAUCAUUGAUAGUAUGAGAGUAUAUUAGGAAUCAAAAUUGUGGAAAUAGUUGAGUGAUUAAUUAUUAAUUUACAUUAAGGAUCCAUAAGUCAAUUAAGGAACACAUUUGAAAGAUCUUUAUGAGGGAUUCGUUAAGAAAUUUUAUCAAGAAAUUGAUAUGAUGAAAUUAAUGCGUUUCCUCAUUAAGGCUGCAGAUUAAUAUGGAGAUUUUUAGAGCAGAAUUGAUUUUCUUAAAUAAUUUAAAUUAGAUGAAUAACCUCAAUUAGUCAUUGAUAUUUUAAUAGCUUUCUUUAAAUUACAAUUGGGUCAAUUAUAAGAAGUGGAUGAAUUAUUAAAAAAAUAUAAAUAAGCAAGUGAAAAAUUGUAAGAUGUAGAUCCACUUGUAUAUUCAAUGCUAUAUUAUUUAGCAUAUAAUUUUUAUAAAAUAAAGAAUGUAUAUGAAGAAUUUUAUGUGAAUGCUUUAUAAUAUCUAGCAUAUACAAAUGAUUAAGAUAUGUUAUAAGAAUAGAAAGUAUAAUUAUCAUAUGAAAUGGCUCUAGCAGUUUUGAUUUCACCAAAUAUAUAUAAUUUUAGUGAAUUAUUACAAUAACCAGUUUUAAUUAGUUUAAAAGAGAGUGCUUAAUAUAAUUGGGUUUACUAAUUAUUAGAUAUAUUUAAUAGAGGAAGUGUUAAAGAAUUGAAUACAUUCUAAUGGAAUGAAGAAAGAAAAGCACUUAUUCCAAAUUUUUAGCUUUUAAGUGAAAAAAUUAGAAUUAUGGCUUUUCUUGAAUUAGCAUUUUCUUUACCGAAAAAUGAUAGAGUUUGUACAUUUUAAGAACUAGCUUAAGUAUCAGAAUUACCUUUAGGAGAUAUAGAAAGAUUAGUAAUGAGAACAAUCAGUAAGGGUUUAGUAAAAGGAAGAAUUAAUUAAGUAAUAUUAUUAAUUGAUAUUAUUUUUAGGUAAAAUAAACAAUUACAAUUUCUUAUGUAGUUCCAAGAGUUUUGACAAUGGAUAAAAUAGAUAUUAUUAAUAAGAAAUUCGGUAAUUGGGAGAGAUCAUUGAAUGGUUUUCUAAAAGAAAUUGAAGAUGUAAGGAAGACAUUUAAUUGA